AGAGAGAGCAGUAGCAGCCGCCGCCGCCGCAGCAGCAGCAACGGGAGCGUCCAGUAGCAGCGCGUCUGAGAAGGACCGGGCGAGGGAUCGAGCCCCUCUUCUUCUUCCUCCUCCUUCUCUUCUUCUUCCUCGCAUUCUUCUCCCUUUCAGAGCCUGGCGAGAGCUGAGUGGGCAUCGCAUCGACCCGUGAGAGCCCACUUGCCUUGGCUUUUCCACCACCACCCCUCGCCUCCAGCCCCCGCGAAAGGCAGAGUUGUAAAGGGAUGCUGGGCGAGCAAGAGACUGAGGAGCUCCGGUCCAAGCAAGUCGCUCCCGCCGCACCACCAGCAGCCGCACCAGCGGAGGAGGCGGAGAGGGGCAGGAGGAGAAGCGGCGCCGUUGCCACCGACGCCGGCCGCGUUUCCUGCCCUGCUUUGUAAAACGGAGCGGCUAAAGCAUCCUUCCCUUCCCCACGGUCAUCUGAUAUUGCAUGGCAUAGCUGAUUCCCCCCCCACACCACUCUCUGUUCUACUUACCAUUGCUGACUUGGAAGAGCUCCUCCAAGACUUAAAGGGGAAAAAACAUUACGGAACAAAGAAGGAAUGUGAUUGGCCUCAGAUCAGAGAACUAGCUUGCGUUUGAGGUUGGGGGAAUAUCAUCACUUCAGCAUCAUUUUGUACUGCCAUCAUGAGAACUUAUCAUUGCUUCUGGCUCCUGUUUUGGUUUGGUCCUCUUCACCAAAGUUAUUCUAUACCAUUGUCCAAAAAAACUACUGGUUUUCCAGAAAACCCAAAAGUUUUGGAUUUAUCUAGAAACAGCAGAAAGGAGCUUAGUCGUUCCAAAAGAAGUUGGAUGUGGAAUCAGUUCUUCCUUCUGGAGGAAUACACGGGCUCUGAUUAUCAGUACGUUGGCAAGCUUCAUUCUGACCAGGAUAAAGGAGAUGGUUCACUCAAGUACAUCCUUUCUGGAGAUGGAGCAGGUGACCUGUUCAUCAUCAAUGAAAACACUGGAGAUAUCCAGGCCACGAGAAGACUUGAUAGAGAAGAGAAGCCUGUUUACAUUCUUCGUGCUCAGGCUAUCGUCAAAAAGACCGGGAGACCUGUGGAACCAGAAUCAGAGUUUAUCAUUAAGAUCCACGAUAUCAAUGACAAUGAGCCCCUGUUUACAAAGGACAUUUACAAUGCCAGCGUCCCAGAAAUGUCUGAUGUAGGUACAUUUGUCAUGCAAGUCACUGCAACAGAUGCCGAUGACCCUACAUAUGGGAACAGCGCUCGAAUUGUCUACAGUAUUCUCCAGGGACAGCCAUAUUUUUCUGUUGAGUCUGAGUCAGGUAUCAUCAAAACAGCUUUGCUGAACAUGGAUCGAGAAAACCGGGAGCAGUACCAAGUAGUCAUCCAAGCCAAGGAUAUGGGAGGCCAGAUGGGCGGAUUAUCAGGAACCACCACGGUGAACAUCACAUUGACUGAUGUCAAUGACAAUCCACCCCGCUUCCCCCAGAGUGCCUAUCAAUUCAAAAUAGGAGAAUCUGCACCCCUUAAUUCACCAAUUGGACGGAUAAAGGCUAAUGAUGCAGAUGUGGGUCCAAAUGCUGAGAUGGAAUAUAACAUUCUUGAAGGGGAUGGCUCGGAAAUGUUUGGGAUUACAACAGACAAGGAAACACAAGAAGGCAUUGUAAUUGUAAAAAAGGCUUUGGAUUUUGAAAAGCGGAGACAGUUCACGCUGAAAGUGGAAGCCAGCAAUCCUCAUGUGGAUCCCAGAUUCCUCUAUCUGGGACCCUUCAAGGACAUUACUACUGUCAGAAUUCAAGUAGAGGAUGUAGAUGAACCUCCAAUCUUCAGCAGACCAGCUUAUAUAUUAGAAGUAAAGGAAGAUGUCCCAAUAAAUACCGUCAUAGGAGCUGUAACAGCCCGGGAUCCUGACAGUGCAAAGAACCCCAUCAAAUAUUCUGUGGAUCGGCAUACUGAUAUGGACAGAAUAUUCAACAUUGAUUCUGGAAAUGGAUCAAUAUUUACUUCCAAACCUCUCGACCGAGAAAUGUUAUUGUGGCAUAACAUUACAGUAAUAGCUGCUGAAAUCAACAACCCAAAAGAAAGCAGCCAAGUCCCAGUAUUUAUUAAAGUCCUGGAUGUGAAUGACAACGCCCCAGAGUUUGUCAUGUUUUAUGAGACUUUCGUCUGUGAAAAUGCAAGAGCUGAGCAGCUCAUUCAGACUCUAAGUGCAGUUGACAAAGAUGAUGCUUUUGGUGGGCACAAAUUCUCAUUCACUUUGGCCCCAGAAGUAGCCAGUAGCUCCAAUUUCACCCUUCAUGACAACAAAGAUAAUACAGCUGGAAUCUACACAAAGAAAAUGAGAUAUAACCGUCAUGAAAUGAAUAUGUACCUCCUACCAGUGAUAAUCUCAGACAAUGAGUAUCCAGUUCAGAGUAGCACAGAGACGGUGACAAUUCGAGUGUGUGCCUGUGACCAAAGAGGCAAAAUGCUGUCCUGUAAUGCUGAAGCACUGAUCCACCCAACUGGCCUUAGCACAGGCGCAUUGAUCGCAAUUCUCCUUUGUAUAAUUAUAUUGUUAGUUACCGUGGUGCUGUUUGCAGCUCUGAGACGGCAAAGGAAGAAAGAGCCUUUGAUCGUCUCUAAAGAGGACAUCCGAGAUAACAUUGUCAGUUACAAUGAUGAAGGUGGCGGAGAGGAAGACACUCAAGCCUUUGAUAUUGGCACACUGCGGAAUCCUGAAGCCAUAGAGGACAAUAAAUUGCGCCGAGACAUUGUGCCAGAAACGCUGUUCAUGCCACGCCGGACUCCAGUGGUACGAGACAACACUGAUGUCAGAGAUUUUAUUAGCCAAAGGUUAAAGGAGAAUGAUACAGAUCCAACUGCACCCCCUUAUGACUCAUUAGCUACAUAUGCAUAUGAAGGCAGUGGCUCAGUGGCUGACUCUCUUAGCUCUUUAGAGUCGGUGACCACAGAUGGAGACCAGGACUAUGAUUACCUCAGUGACUGGGGGCCUCGUUUUAGGAAGUUGGCCGAUAUGUAUGGUGGCGAAGACAGUGAUAAAGACUCCUAAUAAUGUUGCCUUUUCCUUUUUCAAGAAACAGCAGUGAAAUGUGUGAUGUCGCUACUUCUUUCUAUAUAUCAACUAUUCUCGGAAAGGGUUCUCUAAACCUAUUGGUUUGAAUUGUUUCUUGACUGCAGUCUUUGUGGAUCUGGUGUCAUUCCCACUGUAAUUUCAGCUUCCAAGAGAGGAAGAAACCCCACCAAACCUUUGCUAUUUUUUUCAGUCGCGUUUUUUUUUUAGGCAGUUCAACAGCCAAGCAAUUGAGGGACAACUCCCCCCGCCAAACAGAAAUGGAAUACUAGUUUUAAUAUGUUUCUGCUAAUUUUGUAAAUGGGAUUACCUUAAUGUUAUAGCUCACCAAAAAACCUAUAUUUUAAUUAUUCACCCAAUACACAUUUUUAUGCAAAUUAUAUAUAUUGAACACCCUAUUUUAAGGAAAUAAUAUGGCUUAUAUAUUAUAGGAAAAGAGUGUAGGUUUUUUUAAAAGCUACAAGGGAGCUAUAAGUUGUUCUCACUUAACAACCACUUGUUCAGUGGCAUUUGAAAUUACGAUGGCACCAAACAAGGGGCUUUAUGGCCAGUCCAUAAAUUGAAAUUGUGCCAUCACAGAAUUCCCACGAUAACUUGAUUGCAAUUUGGGUGCUUGAUUGCAUUUAAAGUUAUUGCAGCAUCCCAUAAUCAUGUGACCAUCAUUUGCAACCUUCACUGUGGCUUCCCAAAAGCAAAAUCAAUAGGGAAGCCAGCAGUAAAUUGCAAGUCAUGAUCACUUAACAUCUGGCUUAACGACUAUGCGGGAUUGAUUUAACAACAGCAAUUGGAAGUGUUGGAACUGCCACUGUUAAGUUAGCCUGGUCAAUGUGGUGAUUGGCUUUACAACUGCAUCACUUAACAAUGGGCUUGUUGGUUCCAGUUACCAUCAUUAAGUGACAACUACCUGUAAGAUACUUUUUAAGUAAUUCAAUGGUUUUUUGAAUGCGAGGGUUAAUUUUGAAUUGGGCACUUUCCUCAAAACAUAAUAAUAAUGGACAAUCAGAAGUUAGAAGAAAGGAGAGAUAUGUUUGUGUAUAUAUGCGCCUGGUAAGUGGUCCUAGCCAAUUCAGUAUGUGGGCUACAGUAAUGUACUUCAAGAGAUAUUCUAUUCCUGGAAAGUAAUCUAUUAGGUAAGGUAAUGUAUAGAGAUUGUAACAAUGUGUAUCAAGAAAGCAGAGUAUUGCUGAAAAUACGUGUAUGGAUUUCAAGUAAACCAACUUAAUAAUAAUAAGAGUAGAAUAAUUGAAAUCAAUGAAUUUCAAAUUAGAAAUAUCUAAAUUAAUUCCUACUGAUUUAAGUCACUAUUUUAAGCAGGACAGAGUCUGGAUUCAAUCUAUAAUCUAUGAAGAGGGUUCCUACUUUGUAUUUUGUGAGCUCAAUUCAUAUUAAUAAUUUCUCAAUACCAACUCAUAUCAGCAAAACAGAGGCUGUUGUGUUCUUUUUAUCACUCCCCACUUGCUCAGCUGGUGGACUGCUGUCAUUUCUACCUCCUCCUUCUUAACAAAAUACUCUGGUACUAGUACCUAGGAUUAAACCGACAGCAGGUACUAUAUUGUGCAGCAAAGAAAAGACAUGGGAGAAAUAAGGAACUAGUACUACAGUACAGCCAGCAGUCCCUGGCUAAGCAAGCAGCAGGAAAUUGCAUUUGAUACGACCUCAGCUUGCAAUAAUAAUUCAAUUGAACACUGAUUCAUGCUGCUAAACCACUGCUGAGCAAAGGGUUUCAGACACACCAAUUAACAAGAAUUGGCCAUGAGGUACAUCAGAGAUGGCUCUGUAUAGGAUUGAAAUAUGAAACAUGGGCAGAUGUUACAAAGAGUCAAAAUUUAAAAGAAAAGAAAAAGCAAUGAAAUGCAAAACAAAAACAAGACAUAAAGCAAGGCUGAAAUGCUACCACAACUAUCUGAAACUGAGUGGCGUGCUGAGCAUGCUGAAAAGAGCAGGGAAAGCUUUGAGCUACAUGACAUGCUUGAACUCCCUUGGCUUUAAUGUCUCCUUGAUCCAGUCAUCUGCCUCACAAUCAGCACCAAAAAGAGGUCUAAUAGGAGUUCCUUAUGAGCACUCUGAUUUAUUUAAUGGCCACAUUUUAAAAUGAAUGUUUGUAUUAUUAUUAUUAUUAUUAUUAUUAUUAUUAUUAUUAUUAUUAUUAUUAUUAUUAUUAUUAUUAUUAUUAUUAUUAUUAUUCAUUUUUGCGUAUCGUAGAUCUAAGCUUAUAAAAAUGAUUUAGUUUCAUUUAACUGUAGGAUUUCCUCUUCUGUAAUUACUAUUGCAAUAUUUAUAUUAUUAGAUUUGUGUGUGUGUACACGUGCACACGUACACAAUUACAUUUAGGUGUUCCCAAUAGUGGGUUUCAAUUUCAUCUGCUACCGUGUGGGUGCGCACUCGUGGCACUUCUGUGCAUGCACAUCUGGGCGGGUGGGUGGAGCCUCCCACCGCCGCUGCUACCAGUUCACCUAAUCUGGGGCAAAUCGGUAGCAACCCACCACUGGGUGUUCCUGAAUUCCUCUGUCUGAUAUAGUUAUAAAACAGCUUUUCAGUAUUACAGUUAACAGAAGUUCACUGAGACCCGGUGGGCUGGAAAAGUUGUCUUUAAAAAAUUGCUAAGGGUUUACAUAGAAAGUCAGAGGGACACUGAAUCAGACCCACCUAUUUUGCUGUGUUAAAAAAUACUAAACGGCUAUCAGAAAAACUCAAUAUUGGAAUCUAUUCAUAACUGAGCCCCACUGAUUCAUUAGAGACUUCCAAAUAGUACUGCUUUGUAGCCUAAUUGUUGUUAAAACUUUAAGCCAGUGGUUCGCAACCAUGGUCUGUGAACCCAGGGAGGGGGCGCAAUGUCAGCCCAGGGGAUCCACAAAAGCUUGAAGAUACGAUAUGAUUUAAGCCUUGAGUUGAGUCUUGGUGAUCUGUGGCAGAGGUGGGUUUCAGCAGGUUCUGACCAGUUUUGGAGAACCGGUAGCGGAAAUUUUGAAUAGUUUGGAGAAUCAGUUGUAAAAAUUCUGACUGGCCCUGCCCCCAUCUAUUCUCUGCCUCCUGAGUCCCAACUGAUUGGGAGGAAAUGGGGAUUUUGCAGUAACCUUCCCCUAGAUUGGGGAGGGAAUGGAGAUUUUAUGGUAUCCUUCCCCUGCCAUGCCCACCAAGCCAUGCCACGCCCACUAAGCCACGCCCACAGAACCAGUAGUAAAAAAAUUUGAAAGCCACCACUGGUUUGUGGCCGUGAUUUAGAGGGUAGAGGUAUUUAGAGGGUGUCCAUGGUGGAGAAAAGGUUGAGAACUACUGCUUUAAGCCAUGAACCCAAUUAUUUGUUAUUCGAGUGCCAAAAUCUCUCCUUUAAAUCUGUCCAAUUUUAAGUACAUACUUAAGAAACUGAAUUAUUGGGGCUUUUUUUUUU